AAUGGCACAAUAAAGUCCACGAGCUGCUGCUUACAGCCAAGCAGACACCAGAGCGUCUAUUGCCCGUUCCAUCCCCGUUUCAUUCUUAACGGAUGAGACGGCGAAUCCAUGACCAUGUGACCAUCCCCACAAGUCCGUCUGUUAUGACGGUAUCGUAACCCCAACUCACGGCAACGCCCGCCACCGUCUACCUUCGUCCUACUUUUCGUCACCUGCCUCCUAACGGCGUUGCCUCUCUUUCCUCUCCUCCGGAAUCCUAAUUUCCCGUUCACUUUCUCUCUCCCCUCUCUCUUAUGGCUACUGAGGACUUCCCUCUUCUCGAUUCCCACUCGCACAACCCCCACUCGCAGCCUCUCCUCCACACUCACACGCGCCACUUCCCUUCCUCCUCUAGCCCCACCACCGGAGUUGCUCCUGCCUCUGCCGACGCCGGCGACUCCACCAACGCUGACUACUUCACUCAACCCUUUCCCGACGAUGGCGAAGAUUCCUCUGAUCCGAACAAAUCCGCGUCUGAAGUCUUGACCCCUAAUUCGAAGCGUACCGCCGUCGACAGCUCCUAUUACUAUAACAAGAAGUCGAAAUCUUCCGUCGCCGGUAGCGGAGGCAGCGUUGCUACGAGCGCUGAACCUGAUUUAGGAUCCGAAGCGACUUACCGGGUCGAUUACCGGAAGGAUCGCGAGGAAUGGAGUGACACGGCAAUAGAAUGCCUCCUGGACGCUUAUACAGAGAAACUGAACCAGCUGAAUCGCGGAAAUCUGCGCGGGCGUGAUUGGGAGGAGGUUGCCAGAGCCGUCAGCGAGCGGUGCUCCGUUGGUGGCGGUGCCGAUGGGACUAACAAAGCGUAUAAAAGUGUGGAGCAAUGCAAGAACAAGAUUGAUAAUUUGAAGAAGAGGUACAAGGUGGAGCUUCAGAGGAUAAGUAGUGGCAGUAUCACAUCAAGUAACUGGCAUUGGUUUAAAAAGAUUGAAACUAUUGCCGGGAACUCUCUGACUGUGAAGACGGUGUCAGAUGAUGAGAAGGGCGGUGGAGCUGAUUCCUUGUCUGUGGCUAGACGCCCAAAGAACAGAUAUACACCUGCCAAUGUUGCAGUGUUGAAUAACCCGAAAACAAAACCAGCAUCUAAUCUCAAAUGGCAUAGAGUUCUGUUUAAAAUCAGCGGAUCUGCCUUAGCUGGAAACUGCCAAAGUAUUGACCCCAAGGUGGCAAUGCAGAUUGCUGGGGAAGUGGCGACAGCUUGCCGCCUUGGUGUAGAGGUUGCCAUUGUUGUUGGUGGUCGUAACUUCUUUUGUGGCGAUUCCUGGGUGUCUGCUACUGGCUUGGAGUUGGACAGACCUACGGCUUACCAAAUUGGCAUGAUGGCUACGGUCAUGAACUCUAUUCUGCUUCAUUCUGCUUUGGAGAAGCUGGGUAUUCAGGCGCGUAUUCAAAGUGCAAUCUCCGUGCCAGAGAUUGCUGAACCUUAUAACAGGCAACGAGCUAUCCGACAUCUAGAGAAAGGGAGGGUCGUUCUAUUUGGUGGGGUUGGCGCUGGCGCUGGAAAUCCUCUCUUUACCACUGAUACAGCUGCGGCGCUGAGGGCUUCGGAGGUUAAUGCUGAUGUUAUGCUGAAGGGAACCAGUGUUAGUGGUGGCCAUGAUUGCCACACUGGCAGUGAGAAUGUGGCAAUUGAUCACAUUCACGUUUCUUUUAGGGAAGUUGCUUCGAGGGGCAUCACUUGCAUAGAUGUGAUGGCAUUAGCAUUCUGUGAAGAGAAUGGAAUUCCUGUUGUAGCCUUCAACUUGCAACCGGGGAAUGUUUUAAGAGCACUAUCUGGAGAUCAAAUUGGCACCUUGAUUGAUCAAACAGGAAGUAUUAAUUAAACGAGGCAGGCCUUGCCCUUUUCAGUUGACAUCUAAUCUUUGUAUUUUUAGUCAUAAUAAAUUGCUUGGUUUUUAUUAUAUGUAUAUAUUUAUAUGUAUAUUUAAUUACACUAUACUUUGAUUA